UGCUGCUUCUCUGAAGACACCAAAAAACAACCACCUGGAGACACGGGAGAGGAGCUCAACCGGCCAGGAGCAGACUUUCAAACGGAUGCGAAAGAGGAACAACUCGCCCGCCGUGGAUCAUGACAGCUCUGUCACCACCAGCACGGUGCUGGACAGCGGCGCGCAUCUGAGGUGCUGCCGGAGACCGGCGGAGCCCGACCCGGACAAAGCAAUGGUGCGGAGACUGAGAAAUGGACUAAUGUACAAAGUGAAGAGGCUUUUCUUGUGGAUGCUGGGAGUCUACAUAGCCAUUCCAUUCAUCAUUAAACUGUGCCCAUCAAUUCAGGCCAAGUUGGUCUUUUUAAACUUUGUGCGGGUGCCAUAUUUCAUUGACUUGAAGAAGCCUCAGGACCAGGGUCUAAACCACACCUUUAACUUUUACUUCCAGCCCGAGGAUGGGGUCAACGUCGGAGUCUGGCACACAGUCCCUGCCGUGCUGUGGAAAGACGCCCAAGGGAAGGACCAGGCCUGGUAUGAAAGCACCCUAGAGUCCUCCCAUCCUGCCAUGCUGUACUUGCACGGCAACGCCGGGACCAGGGGAGGAGACCACAGAGUACAGCUGUAUAAGGUUCUCAGCUCCCUGGGCUACCAUGUAGUCACAUUUGAUUACAGAGGCUGGGGAGACUCUGAGGGCAGCCCCUCCGAGAGAGCCAUGACGGCCGAUGCCAUCUUCCUCUACAACUGGGUGAAACAGAGGAUUGGGAACAAUCCUUUAUACAUCUGGGGCCAUUCCUUAGGGACAGGUGUGGCAACAAACCUAGUAAGAUAUCUGUGUGACACAGGGAGCCCUCCUGAUGCCUUGAUCUUAGAGUCUCCCUUCACCAACAUAAGAGAAGAAGCAAAAAGCCACCCCUUCUCUAUGAUUUACAGAAAUUUGCCGGGAUUUGACUGGUUCUUCCUGGACGCUAUAACCGCCAAUGACAUUCGGUUUGCCAGCGAUGAAAAUAUGAACCACAUCUCAUGUCCGCUGCUGAUUCUCCAUGCAGAAGAUGACACUGUUGUGCCAUUUCACCUAGGAAAAAAGCUUUAUAACAUCGCUACACAGUCCAAAGGCCUGAGCGGACACAAAGUUCAGUUCAUUCCAUUCCCCAAGGCCCUGGGCUACAAGCACAAAUUCAUCUACAGGAGCCCAGAGCUGCAGCAUAUACUGAGUGAUUUCCUAGGCACCUCCCAUUCGCAAGUAUAGUUUGCCACCAUGGCACCUGACUGUUCCUCCUCACCCCACACCUCUUCCUGCGCCGGCCCCCCGGCCCCCCCAGCCCCCGACACACACAGUGAUCCACGCAUGCAGGUCGAGGCGCUCUGCUCAUCUCUGUCAUCCUUCAGAGCCGGACAUGGGAGUAAACACGACAGAAACCGCGUGUGGGUCUGUAUGGAUGCAGAAGUGAGAAACAGCUCAAGCACAAAGACGAUUACCUGCACUAUCAAGCGCCUUGGCACUGGACCUCAAGCCUGAAAGGGACAAAGGAUCUGAGGGCGCCCGGGACAUUUAGCUGCACCGCAACGACGAGGAGGAAGGAGUUUCUUAAAAAUCUCAACGUGUUACAUCUAGACAUGAGAAACCAGUCUGCGUGCUUGGUGAACAGGAAGAUUUCACAACUGGUCAAGCAGAUGCGAAAGCCCGGAAACUGGACUAAACUGGGCUGGAUUGGAUUUUUAAAUUUGAGCCUUUAUCGUUGACUGGCGGACCUGGUUCCGGUUCCGACAGAAUUUGGCAGGCCCAGAGAUCCAGGCAAGAGCAUGUUAGAAUUCAGCAGGAUAUGUCAACGGUACCCACUAUAAAAAUGUCAUUUUGUUAUAUAUUUCUGAAUAUAUGGAUUUUAUCAGUAGUUUUCUUGGUCUGCUUAGAGGCCAUUACAAACGGCUGCGUCUGAGUCUAAUCCCUAACUUAUUCCCUUGCAUGACAAGGGAAUGAUCUGGCAAAGGUUCAGGCGUACUGUAUGUUGUCCAAUCCUUAGCUCAUUUUCCAUAGGAUCUUACCCCCUGUUGCCAGGGAUACCAACAGAAUCCCUGUUAAGUGGACCAGACCUCUUUUAAGAGGAGUUCCCAAAUUAAACAAAGUGUUCUGGAAAUUACAAAUUGUAAUUUCUGAGUGUCAGACUGUCACUCUUAUAAUCUGUUUGUGUGCAAAUACUUUAAUUGGAUAAAAUCCCCUGUCCAUGCCAGAGAAGUGACUCAAAUUAGAAUAGGCUUUCAAAGCUUGACAAAUAACAGCAGUAGUGCUGGAAAGUUUAGAUGCCCUGGGAAAUAUAAUUGAAAAUCAAUUGAACUUUGUAGUUGAAAUGAUAAAUGCAACGAAGUAGACCUAUCUAAAAUGUAUAAAUCGUCUUGUAUUCUAAGUGGGCAUUAAUUUUCCCUACUGUGUUUUUCAAACCAUACAUAUGCACGAGACUGUUAUUUAUGCUUUUUGCAAUACUGACCUGUCAUAAACUACCCCCUCAGUUAUAGAAGGGCAGUAUUUUAGAUUUCAUUCAAGAAUUAAAUGUUGCAAAGGCACCUGUGUAACAAACAAGGUCACACAACUGCAUCAAGCACCACAAUAACUUCUCAUAAUAACUAGAGCUCUCCGAACACACAGGAACACCUGGCAGGAGAUUGUUGAGUUUCUGAGCUGCUGCCUUUCAGCCUUUCCCUGUUUUCCUAGUACAACUCUUCUGAAUUUUUAUAGCCUUAAAGUAAUAAUCUGCAGGUGAGGUACUAAUGGAGAUUAAAACCCAUAUUGCUUCGUUGGAAUUGAACGAUUUAAUUUGCACUACACAUGCUGAGUGCUUCUCAGUAGGAAUUCUCCAGGUUCUGUUGUGCAAUAGUCACCUGUACUUUUCAGACAGGUGUCACAUUCUCACAAAAUUAGCUUAGUAUUGAAAAUCUACAGGAGAUGAAAAUAAGGUCAGAUGUGGGUUUAAUGUGUAGUUUAAAAGGAAAGGGUGAUUUAUAAUUUGAUUUUUUUUAUUUUACUUGCUUUUUACUUUUUAUGGCAUAGGGGGAAACAUACCAGUGAGUGAUCUGAAACAUGAAGGAGUUCUACACUGUGUGUUUGGGUGUGAGAGAGGCGUGUUGAGGUCUCUCUCGUGUGCAGGUCCAACAGCAGCUGAGCUAGAGAUCAUGGAAAUGCUCCUUUUCCUUGUGACAGUGCAGAUUCUUCUGCAGAAAAGCCACGGCUUCUCUGUUAACCCUGCACUUCACCUGCUGUCAUGAAAAUAAAGUGGCAGACAGCAUGAAAUCGCUUCUGAGCAACUACAGCUUUUCUCCAUUGGCUGUAGCUUCUGUACAGCUUCCUACUGUAUAACAUCCUUCAUGCUUCAGAUUUCCACUGAUAAGUCUUGUUUAAUUUAUUAACCUCUUAUACAUUAAAGCAAAUCUCUUUUUCCAGUUUAAGUGCUUGACAAGUGAGCACUUCUUUGUAGUCUAAGAGAGACACAGGCAUGCAGUGAGUGGAGUGCCAGCUGUGCCAACUGUAGUGGUUUGCUUACCUGGAGGAUUCGGCCUAUCGCGCUUCAUUGCAGAACUCCUUUGUAAGUAGAAAAAAGAAACAGCUGACAUGCACACGACUUGUAUUUGUCCUCGGUGGCUCUGGACACAUUUAAUUUUUUCCAUGAGUUGGUGAAAAAAAAAAAAGGAAAUGCCACAGAUCCUGCUUUGUACGUACCAAACCACCUGGGCAGAGAAACAGGAAAUAAAAACUUGAAACUGCGGGAUGGUCCUGGGCAGCUGGCAGCCUUGGAUGAGCCAAUAGAUGAUGUUUUAAAACUCCAGGGUUUGUGUUUGUUUUCUUAUCUCACUUGGUUCUUUUAAGAGACUCACAGGGUCUUUCAUUCAUGUACUCCAAUAUCUUACUCUAAAGAUCCAUUAAUGGGCAUUUACUGGAAGAUGUACUGUAACUAACAACAGAUCAUUAAAUACAAUGACUCUGAUGUUUCUUUACUUACUGAUACUGUACUACUGCUGUAUUGCCUGAUGUCAGCUAUAAUUUAUCAUUGUUCAGAAACCUAAUGAAAACCUUUCAUGAAUAUAUUUAUAACAGGCCAGUGUCUUUUAAUUAUAUGCUCUGAGUAGCCAUUAAAUCUUCAUCCACA